AAUCCCCAUCGGGGCCGCAGCUGGACCGUUCGCAGGGGGCGCCGCGGGGCCGUUGAUGGCCGGCGGUGGCUCCGCACUGCGCCGUUCCGAAUGGAGGCGGCGCCGGGCCCCGGGCCGAGGCUCUGCUGCCGGCCCGGCGGGCGGCUGGACAUGAGCCACGGCCUCGUGCACCACAUACGACGGAACCAGAUCGCUCGGAGAAGGCGAGGAGGCGGCACACGCCCGCGCACACAGGUGUACCUGCCUCCGCGCCGAGAUGGUUCUACCCACCCAGGCAACCCAGACUGUGAGGAGUCCGGUGAAAGCAGCAGUAGUGGUGGCUCCGAGCUGGAGCCUUCUGGCCAUCAGCUCUUCUGCUUAGAAUACAAGUCCGACAAUGGAGAGGUCACAUCAGUUAUCAUGUAUCAGGACGAUGACCCAGGAAGGGUGAGUGAGGAAGUGUCAGCACACACACCUCUGGAUCUGCCCAUGCGAGAGGCCCUCAAGUCGCGUAUCCAGGAGGAGAUUGCCAAACGCCAGAGCCGACACUGACCAGGUGGAAGGCAUUCUCUCCAGGCAAGAAUCCUGCACUUGGAUGAAUUCUAACUAGGGAGCCCACCCUACAUUGCGGUGCUAGGACUUGUCUGUCUGAUCUUGAGACCCUUAUAAGCUGCUGCCUCCACAGGGGUGUUGCAGGGCUAAACCUAGCCCACCUCCCUUGCAGCAAUUCUUUCUUGUAUGUUGACCAUUUGGCUGGCCUAUUGUCUUGGAAUUUUUUGAGAAUUUUGAUUAGAGAACCUGGUGCUCUUGAAGCUAAGAACUUAGGGAGAGCCAGGGUUUAUAAAGCCUUUUGCCAAUA